AUGCUUAAAAUUAAUUUUUUAGCCAUAUGCUCAAUUAAUACAAGCAUAAAAAACAUAUAAAAUAGCAUUAAAGAAAUGCUUCCUAUAGGUGAAAUCAAGAUGAAGGAUCUCAUUGGACUUUUUCAACUAUUACUAAUAGACUUAUUGAUGAUUAUCAUGAAUUCUUUUACUAUAUAGAUAAAAUUUAAUGAUUUUUAUUCGAAUAAUAGGUCAAUUACAUUCAUCAGUCCAGAUCCUAAAACCAUGAUGACAAAAUGUUAUUUCAAACAAAUUUUCUAAAAUUUUAUGAAGAGACUAUUAAAUACAUGA